UUUCACUAGCCUUUUUUCUGUUGUUUUGAUCAAAUAAUUAUUUUAAUUAACAAUAGGUAACUAUAAAGCUAUAAAAAUUGAUACAUAAUUAUUAUUUUCCUACUGCUUACUUUGUUAUCAUCAUGUCUGAGCAAACUUCUGAAGUUAAUUCUCAAAAUAUAUGCGGCUUGUGUAAUGAAAAGUCAAGCAAAUACUGCUGUCCACGCUGCAAUGUUUUCUACUGCUCUCUGGACUGUUACAAGUCAGAGAAACACUUGACAUGCUCAGAAAGUUUCUACAAAGACUGUGUAAACGAAGAAUUAGCUUCACAUCAGGCAGACGAUGAAUCCAAACGCAAAAUGAUUGAAAUACUCAAGAGAAUGCAAAAUGAAGAUUUAGGCAAUCCAGACGAUAUCGAAGAAAUGUUACAAAACCUCGAUAAAAACGGUGAAGACGAUGAACCGAUAGACUCGGAUGAUGAAGAGGAAAUAGACUUGCACGAUCGAAUAAAAGACUUAAAUCUUGACGAUCCAGAUGCAUUGUGGAAUGCGUUAACUACAGAUGAAAGGAAUGAAUUUGAAGCUCUCUUGAAUCAAGGGGAUGUGGGGUCUAUAAUACCCCAGUGGCAGCCGUGGUGGAUGUACCAUAAAGAGGAGAAACUUGUAGAGGAUGUUGAUGAGAAAGACAAACCAACAGAAGAUAGAUUAGCUGACUGUCCAUCUUUAGUAAAAGUCCCAAAGUUCACAGAUCUAACAACUGUCAAACCAUCGCCAGCAAUACGCUUCAACAUUGCAAACGUUUUAGCAGCGUAUGCAUUCACAACCAGAUAUUUCAACGGUGAAAUAGACCCAGUUGAGGGGACCACUUACGUUUUGAGUGUUUGUGGAAACUUGGAGAGUAAUACCAACUUUGAAGAUCCAGCAAUAGCUGUGGAAGCUGUAGCGCAGAAAUGUUUAGUGAGUGAACUAAUUGAGACAGAUGAAGCCAGUCUUAAAGUCAUGAAGGAUGAUGUUUUCCAAAUACUAAAGGGACCGAGUAAAGACAAAAAAUCGUUCUACUGUAAAGCAGCUCUCUCCCAUUUACACAGAAUAUUCAGUGAAGCGAAAACAUCAGGAAAACAGAAUAAAAGUGCUAACAACAAAAGUAAUUUUUCCAGAAAAUUCCCAGAACACACUAGAGAGCAUUUGCCAAACUUAGAUAUAAGCAAAGUCAAGAAAUGUAUAAAGAAAAUUGAGUUCUAUUUAUCGUUUAUUGAAAGUUAUGGUCAAGAAACUGAAUAACAAUAAAAGCAUAACUUUAUAAAUUAAA